CGCCACAACGACUAGGUCUAGCUUUCACAAUUUAUUAAAUAAAUAUUUGUUUAAAAUCAAAAUAAUACAAAAUGUUAGCACGCAAUCUAACAGCACAAACAACAACAAAACUAAAACAUAAUCUAUUUCUAAUAGAAAGAAUAUUAAGAACACAAAGCACGGUGGCCUCUAGUUAUGACAGUGUUUUGGAUUAUCAAGCAAUACCCAGACCCAGCACUUUCAGCUAUUUGCGUGACUUUAUGCCUGGUGGCCAAUUCCAUGACAUAUCUUUCUUCGAUUAUGCCCUGGAGAUGCGCAAGCGUUAUGGCGAUAUUUAUGUGUUGCCUGGUAUGUUUGGUAAACCUGAUAUGGUCAUGGUGUUCAAUACCAAAGACAUUGAAACUGUGUAUCGCAAUGAGGGUCAAUGGCCACAAAGACAAGGUUUUGAUUCGGUCAAACAUUUCAGAGAAAAUAUUAAAGGGGAUUUCUUUAAUCAAACCAUAGGCUUGCCAGUAGCACAAGGAGAAAACUGGGGUAAAAUGCGUUCUGCCAUAAAUCCUGUACUGAUGAAACCUCAAAAUUUAACCAUGUAUUUGAAGCCACUACAAGAAAUUAACGAUGAAUUUAUUAACCGCAUCAAAGAAAUUCGUGAUCCUAAAACACAAGAAGUUCCUGGUACUUUCGAUAAUGAGCUUAAUCGUUUGGCUUUUGAAUCAAUUUCUUUAGUGGCUCUAAAUCGCAGACUAGGCCUUAUUAAUCGGGCUCGUAACAAUCCCGAUGCUGAGCAUCUAAUUAAAUGUACCCGCUUGAGUUUCGAUUACGCUUAUAAGUUGGAUAUACAACCCUCCAUGUGGAAGGUUAUACGUACUCCUACAUAUUACAAAAAUAUGAAGGUACAGGAAGAUCUGUUUAGGAUUACUCUUAAUUAUAUUAAUGAGACACUUAAGGAAAUCGAAGAGAAACAGAAGAGAGGCAACAAUAAUGAAGAAGUUUAUAGUGUUUUAGAGAAACUACUGGUAAUAGACAAGAAGUUGGCUGUGGUCACUGCUAUUGAUAUGUUAAUCGCUGGUGUUGAUACGACCAGUGUUACUCUCAUGGCCAUUCUCCUGUGUUUAGCUAAAAAUCCCGAAAAACAGCUGAAAUUACGCGAAGAAAUUUUCAAAGUAAUGCCCACCAAAGAUACUGUACUAAACGAAACUAAUACCAAAAAUAUGCCCUACUUAAGAGCCGUUAUCAAAGAAGCCUUGCGUUAUUAUCCCAAUGGUACUGGCUCCUUCCGUAAUCCCGUGCAAGAUGUCAUACUAUCAGGCUAUAAAAUACCCAAAGGUUCAAAUGUUAUAAUGAAUUUCAAUACCUUACUAAAAGAUGAGGCCUUCUUUCCACAAGCCGAUAAAUAUUUGCCCGAACGUUGGCUACGUGAUGAAAAUAAUAAAAAAGACAAAGUAGAUCCCUUUAGUUAUUUGCCCUUUGGCGUAGGACCACGUAUUUGUGUGGGCAAACGUUUGGCCGAAUUGGAAAUGGAGGUAGUGAUUUUGAAAUUAUUGAGAAAUUUUGAGGUGGAAUUUAAUUAUGAUGCUUCAAAACCGUUUAAAGCGAAUUUUGUUAAUAUGCCCGGUAUACCAAUGCGUUUUACAUUUAAGGAUAUUGAUCAGUAAAUUGUUGUGCUUAAUAUUUAAGAAAUUUUAUGCUGUCAUUGUAUAUAAUGUAAAUAGUAGUUAAUUAUAUGUAUUAAAACUUUUUCAAUUGUAUCAUAUAUAUGAAUAUCCAUAUCCAAAUGCAACUCAUAAAAUAA